UCCAUCAUCUACCUAUUUCUCGUCCUUAAUUUCGUAUAAUUUCUCUUCCUCUCCCGACAACUCCCCACGUCCUCCUCGGCGCCCAUCAGCCUCGUUGUCACUCCAGUCGUCCGUCGCUCGACUCCUGCAAAAUCUCCGUAACCAUCCCGAUCUGUUUCUGCAGCCUCUUCAUCAACAUCCUUCUCUCCCCAUCUCUCGCUCUGCAAAUCGAUCCAACGGUAUACGACUAAUAGCUAGCCCUCGCGCUCAGACGACGAAGAGGCCUGUAAUCAAGGGAGGACUCCAAAGAGAGACAGAGACACUUAUCUCCCCCGCCUGGUUGUUUCCGUGUACUCUAUACACUACACUCAGCAUCAAUCAAUAACCAGCACACACACGCUCUCUCGUGUACGACCCCGGUUUCUGCUUAUAUACAGCUUCGAAUUUUAGUACAAAUAUAAUUCACCCUCCCUUUCUGGACUCGACCACGAUUUCGACCCCGGCCCGCGCGAUGAUGGACGCGUACGACACCCGCAAUCAUCCAGCCCCGCACGCACAGUACCAGCAGCAGUCCUACGCUGCGUCGUACUACACCCCCGAGCUGCAGUCGACAUCAUCCGCAUCGUCUUCUGCUUACCCUUCGCCCGCCUACCCUUCAUAUGACUACGCAUCGCAGUUCAGCGCCAGCAACUCCGGCUUUACCGCACUUGAGUCGCAGGCGCUAGGGUAUAACUUGCCGACGACCCAAGGAACCGAUGGUGCGCUCGGUGGUGCAUUUGCUGGUGACCACAGCGCGGGAAACAGCAUGCGUUCGUCCCCUGAUGCCGGCGCUUCCCAGGACUUCCCCUCAAACUCUAAUGCUGUCUCUGCGUCGGCUCAGCAAUCCCGUCCAUUGAACAACCCUCACUCGCACUCAUCGAGUUCAUCGGCGUCAGGAAGUGCCCAUUCCUCUCCUCGACAUUCCCAACCACCACCACAACCUGCUUCUCUUCCUGCCUCCGCAACCUCCACUCUUUCAUCACAUCAAAGUGGGAGUCCAAACCCGGUGAUGGUCAACGGUACUCCCCUCUCACGACCGUUGACGCACAAGGAGCAAGAGAUGCUUGCGCAUCUUGACCGUCUCAAGUUCUUCUUGGCGACCGCCCCAAGCCGUUGGGCAACCGCCGACGGUGACGGUGUAGGUGAUGAUGGCUCUUUUGGAAACGGAGCUCUAACUGCUGGACGAGCACAGCAGGGCACACCAAUGAUGCCGCAUCCGAACACUCAUCCUGCAUUGAAUCGCUUCUUGCUGCCAUCUGGCGAGUAUGUGACCUGUGUACUUUGGUCGGGACUGUACCAUAUCACAGGCACGGAUAUUGUUCGUGCACUUGUGUUUCGAUUUGAGGCAUUCGGCCGCCCGGUGCGCAAUAUGAAGAAGUUCGAAGAGGGUGUUUUCUCAGACCUCCGCAACCUCAAGCCGGGUACAGAUGCUUGCCUCGAGGAGCCAAAGUCCCCUUUCCUUGAUCUUCUCUUCAAGUAUCAAUGCAUCAGGACACAGAAGAAGCAGAAGGUCUUUUACUGGUUCUCUGUGCCGCACGACCGAUUGUUUCUCGAUGCGCUCGAGCGUGACUUGAAACGCGAGAAGAUGGGCCUUGAGCCGACGACACACGUUGUUGGUGAACCCGCUCUUUCAUUUACGUAUGACAGUAAACGGUCAUUGUAUGAGCAGUUUUCGAAAGCACAAGGCGCGCAAGAAGGCGAAGGAGAGCUUGAAACGGCCGUGCGUCGCGCCGAAGAGGCGAUGGCUAUGGAACAGGAAACCGAAGCUCGCAGGAUGGCAACUGGAUCACGCUCUGAGCGCGAUGGUGCAUCCCAAGGCACGAUUUUCAACAUGUUCUCGCUGUUUGAAGGUAGCCCGAGUUACAAGCAACGUCGCAAGAAGGGACCGCGAUCAGGACGAAGCGGGCUUACUCGGGACUCUGUCUCCGAGGAAGAGCGCGAGACGCCAGGUGCCAAUGGCUCUAAUGAUAUCAUUGAGGACGUGGACGGUCAAAUGAGCGCUGCAGCGAUGUUCGAAGCUCAGGCGGGACUUGGUGGUGGUGCCGGCCGACAUUUACAGGCACAGCGCCAAGCAGAAAGUCAACGUGCUGUUCAAGCACAGCACCUUGCGAUGUUGAGCCAGCGCACGCAUGCUACUCCUCGCUCGCGUCAGGUUUCUGGACGUGCAUUGGGUGGACUUCCCGCUCACAGUAACUCGCUCCCGGCAAGUCUUGAUGCUUCUGCUGGUGGACGUAAGACAAAGGCAUACGUCUGUCCCUUGUACUCGUGCCAACGCCUGUUCAAGCGGUUGGAGCAUUUGAAGCGCCAUGUUCGCAUGCACACUAUGGAGCGCCCAUUCCAGUGCGAGAUAUGCCAGCGCCGCUUUUCACGUGCGGAUAAUCUUAGCCAGCACAUGCGCACUCACUCGCGCGAUGGUGGACUCAAUGAUGUUGUACCCACAGGCAUUAUGGAGGGUGAUGAAGGUGUUGACCAGGUUAUGUACGCACCGGGUGAGCAGUACGACUUGAACGCGUGCGAAAUCGAGGUUGUGGACAAUGCCGGGAUGCGCUUUGAGGACGAUGAGUACGCGAAUGCUUCUAACGGCUCUGGGUCCUACAGCUAUCCAGGUGCAGGGACUCCACAGUUCGCAGGUCUAGUGAUGAGUCCUGAGAACUCGCCCCGAUUGAAUGACGAGCAAAGUUGGACCGCAACACAUGGUCAUUCUCAAUCAUUGCCAGCUGGCUAUGACUAUGGCUCUUCGCACCCGUCACCGGCGUUCAGCACAGCUAGUGCUCCGUCAUCUCGUUACACGACCUCAUACAGUACCGUGGCAGCUGCAUACUCUGCUCCGAAUGACAUGGUGGCCAAUGCUACUGCCGCGCCAUCAUCAGCGGGUUCGCUUUCGGCUCCUGCGCACAAGCAAACGUUCGACCAUGCCGCCUUGUAUCCGCCAUCAGCGGGAGUUCAGAAUUUGGCUGCAAGUGCUGUCGGACCGGUGCGCCGCUACCGCAGCGUAACCCCGACGAUUGCACGGUCGGGAGAGCAAAUUCGUCGCCCGAUGACUGCAAAUACGCUUGAUGCAAGCCCACUCGGACCGGGUGCCGCUGCUUCGCGCGUGUAUCAUCCGUACCCAGUCCCGCAAUAUAGUUCAGCAGCAGCAAAUGGAUCUCAGCAUUCCAGCCCAGCGACGUACCAAUCACAGCUCGACUAUGCGCAACAAACGCCUGCUACCCAGACGAACUCCCCUGCUGGCUCAUCAGUGUAUCCAGAUGAUCUUCGGUCUUUGAUUGAACUUGAUGCUACCCUCAAUGGGUUUGACGGUUCGUCUAUUGCUGCGACGGGCGUCCCGGCUUACACGGGUGAAGUCUACCCGGACUCUGCGCGGCAAGGGCAGUACACGUCUGUGGCGGACACAUCGGCACCGACCGCAGGCUACUAUGACAUGAACACGCUCAACGGGUCCACACAGUAUCCGGAGCAGUCAUAUUCCUAUGGGAACUGAUUUGGCGGUGGUGGCAGCGCGCCUCCGCGUUGAUCGCCGCGCCGCGCGCCCUUCUCCUGGCACCCGGGUGGACCAUCAGGCUACCACCAUCAAUCUCAUGAGGCCCCUUUCUAUUCCUUGCUGUGGCCGCGUCCAUCUUGGAUCGGAUUCCGAUUUUUAUUUCAAUUCUUUUCGCAAAAUUCCGCAACUCCUACUUUACGGUAUUCCGUAAUAAUGCAUGAAUGUCAAAUUGCUGUCUGUGUUCUAUUCUCUUUUUUUAUUCUUCAUUUGACUUCCCACUUAAUCAUCAUUGGCCGGCUCAUUACUUACAUCUACAUCAUUUUAAUCUCUUAAUGAUCUCUAUUACCUUACCUCUUGCUUGAAUUCAUGUCUUGUGCCUGGCUGCCCAUCCCUUCUCCCGAUUUUUUCCCACUCACGUAUCUUGUGUUUGUUAUCCUCUCCUCUCACCUGUCCCGUUUCUCAUUUCCCUUUGUGUUUCUUCAAAUCCUUCCGAUCUCCUCAUACAUUACACCUACCUCUAUACGAAAUCAUCCAUCAAUAAUAAUUCCCUGGCAUGCGUUUUGUUUGUCCGUUACGCAUUUCACCUAAUGGUGGCUCUCGACGGCCCAGCGUCGUGUUAUUGUACAUAGUAACAUAGUUGACGGACGCUGAUUUAUUAACUCCUCCCUCACCCCCCUGUGUAGCUGCUUUGUUUACUAGUUGUUUCCCCUUUUCCUCAUAUCCGACUCUCCCGACUCUCC